GUAAUUGUUAUUGUUAGCUUGUUAGCUCGCAGACGAACUCGGGAAAUGGAGAUAUGACAGAGUAAUAACGUCUUAUUACACGUGCACCAUUAAGUUAUUACAAACCUAAAGUGAUGGAGGACGGCAACAGGAGUGAUGCAGCUUCCACAUCCAAGAGCCAUGGGGGCUCGCUCCACCUGCAGACUCCAAAAAAUGAAGAUGCCUAUGAAAUUGCAAUCCCCUAUGAGGAGAGCAGUUUUGAGCAGCAAGGAUUUUUCAACCAGAAUGAUCAGAAUUUUGAAGAGUCACAGUCAACUGCUGGCCCAACUCCCGUCAACAACUCAUACAUGGUGAUCACCAACCUGAGGACCCAGCUCCAGAUCUCUCUGGAGAAAAACUCUUGGCUGCAAAAAAGAAUUGAAGAUUUGGAAGAAGAGAGGGACUUCCUUCGAUGCCAGUUGGACCGCUUCAUCUUUUCCACAAAGAGCCAGGAGCAGAAUCAGAGCCAGUAUAGUAAUGGGUAUGAAUCCAGACGAUUCAACUGGAGAGCAAGAAGAGAGGAAGAUCGUCCUGCUGAACAACAGAAGACAGACUCACAGCAUUUCCCUCCACGUCAGUUUAUCCAACGAAGGCCUGGUCCUCCAACAAUGGUGUCUUCCAAAAACCAUGUGUCCAACCCAUUGACCACUCAGCUUGCGUCUAUGAAUGCUUUGUUCAACUCUACACAAUCCCAGUCCCUUUUACAAGGCCAUAGUGCUCCAGGUAAUGCGGCAGGUGGGAGCAGUGGCAACACUGGGAGUGCUACAAGAGCCAUAAAUGACAUUAGUGUGCAUAAUGGCCCAGAGUCCCUUUCACUUCACUUGGGAGAAUCUGAUGAGUAUUUGGAUCAGGAUGAUUUCAUUGAGGAUGAGGAAAUGAUACCAGGGGAAGAUGUAAUGUCAAAUACAAUUAACAACGGUCGGCAACAGUUGAAAAGAAGGCGGGUUUUCCGAGCUCCAAGAGAACGACAGAGAGUGAAAGAUGCUGCUGGAGUGCUGUUUCGGUACAAGAAAAUUCUGCUUACAUAUCAGCGUCUUAAAAAUAUGUCCAAAGCCUUCCAAAUCCAUGGUGUGGAUCGCAACACAGUGGCUUCGACCACCCCCAUAGCUGAGCUGCUUCUAGUGGCUCCAGAGAAAGUGGCUGAUGUGGGAGAGUUUGACCCAUCCAAAGAGAAGCUGCUGGACUAUGCCCGGCGCUGCUACACCGCCCUGGACGAAGAGACACUUAACAGAGUGCAAGCCUUAAAGAAGAAUAACCUGCUCCUGCCCAUCUCCUACAGGUUCAGACACUGAGGAAAAAAGACAGAUCAACAGUGUCUAUAAAACAAUGACCUGAAGCUAAAGAGAGAAGAGGAAAGAAAACUGGCUUCUACCACAGCAGGCCACUUCAUUACCAGUGCACACAGGUGGCCAUGUAGACUGUGACUAGCAUAGUUUUUUUUUUUUUUUUUUCAGACAAAACUUUUCACAUGUCACUGAAAUUUUCAACACCUUUGUGUUGAUUUUCUUCAUCAAAGUGAGGAUGAGGGGUGCCUACUGUACAUGGAAAGAGAAACAAUGUGGUUUCCAUUGCUGUAAGCAAUGUGGUGUAAGUUUAUAAUUUAGAAUUGGUUAAUGAGAAUGUGUCUUUACAACAAAUGUAAUAGGAGACACUGUUUUUACCAAAAUCUCCAAAGGUCUGACUUUCAGCUUUUAUUUUGCAACCAUACUUUUUUUUAAAUAUUCUUUCUGUCCUCAACAUUUGGUGUUGAGGUACAUUACAGCAUGUCUUCUUUUUCUGUCUGAUUUUUCUCCUUCGGGAUAACUGAAGUGGAUCAUGCUUUUCCUUCAUCAUUUGUUUCCAUCUUACCUUGUCUUCUGCAGCUCCCUCUGUCACAUCAACUAAAUGCACAUUCUCUUUUACCACAUUCAAAUAUCUCACAUAUUUGUCUUCCCCUUUUUCUUCUGACCGAAAGACCCAUCUCCACCAUCUUUCUACCAGUGUGUCCACUAUCUCUCUUUUUUAUCUGUCCAAAUCAUCUCAUUCAAGCCUUUCUUACUUUUAUCUUUUACGUAGUUCAGUUACUCAUAUUACUUCAUUUGUAUGCAUUUUUACACAGUUCCAAAAGUCUGUAGGCAUUCAGUCACAGUCUAUUUAUGUCAUACUGUAAUUGAAUUGUGGUAGACUUAAGAAAUUCUUUAUUAUAUUACUUUAGGUGUUCUUUUUCUGUUUAUACAUUUUUUUAUGAUUUUUAUUUGCCUUAAUUAGUUUUUUCUUUGCACAAGACAACUAAUCGAGAUCACCUUUCCUUUCCAUUUCUCAAGGUUUAAAGUGGAAGAAAGAAAUCCAGUUGUAAAGUGAUUAUUGUAAAAACAAGUCUAACAUAAUGUGGUGCUGAUACAGUUUUGACACCACUACAUUUUAUACAAGAGCCAUGACAGUUAAUACUUUCUUAUAAGUAUUAUGACCAACAGUUAUUCUUCUGGCCAAUUUUAACUAUACUGCAGUAUUACUUUGUUGCCCAACUUAAGGUCACCAAAAUUGGGUGCAUUACCUUCCUAAAUUACAGUAAAUGUCAACUUUUAUGCUUCUGAUAUUGAGAAUCUCAUAAUGCAUUGUGAUAAUAACAUGUUUUGUAAAAUAUGGCCCUGGAAAUUUACAUUAGUUCUUACUAUACUGACUGUUUGUAACAAUGUGUAACAUGCAAAAUUUUGUGGAUCUCGCACACAUAUUUUUAAAGUGAAAACAUCAGCAUUAACAGUGUUUGACGGUUUAAUUUAUUUUGACAAUUUCCACUACACAACGCAUGCGUUUGAUCUACACCCUAAAGGAGUUUUGCUAAGAUUGUGAUUUUAAAAGCAGUCAACUACUGAACAUAUUGAAAAUCCCAGUCAAUUUCUGCCAAAGUACAAAGCCAAUGUCCUGAAAGCAUUUCAUUCCAUACAAAAAUGAUUUGUUUAUCUGUAAAAUCCAACAGCACGACUCGUUACUUAUUAAUCAUGUGGAGUACUGUUAAUAUGAGUGCAAUAAAACAUGAUUUCCUACAA